AUGCACGGGGCGCCAUCUCCGCGCCAAUUCGGGUCCCCGUCCCGGCCGUCCUCCACCAGCUCCGUCCCGCUUCAGGCCACGCCCCGCCGGACAGUGACUCCGUCUGGGUGCCACCGUGAGGUGACGGCCCGUCGGGCUCUGCGCACAGCGGAGUCCCCGUCCCCGCUGCAGGUCGCGACGGCGCCGACCGCGGGCCCCAAGUUUAGUCUCGGCCUCCUGCUCGCGCUCCUGCUGCUGCGGCGGGACGGUGCCCGGGCGGCGCAUGCUGGCUCUCUUUGCUAUGACUUCACUAUCAUUCCUGAGCCCAGACCUGGACAAGCACGGUGUGAGGUUCAAGGCCAGGUAGAUGGAAAGACUUUUCUUUCCUAUGACUGUGGCAGAGACGAGGUGAAAUCCUUGAGUCUCCUGGGAGAAGAGGUGAAUGGCACGAGGGCCUGGCAGGAACAGAUGGAAACGCUGAGAGACGUGGGGGACUUGCUCAGACAGCGACUUCCAGACAUUAAACCAGAGAAAUACACAGACAGGGAUCCUCUCCCCAUGCAGGGCAGGAUGAUGUGUCAGUGUAAAGCCCAUGGACACAUGAGCGCAUCCUGGCACGGCUUCCAUGGACAGAUGUUCCUCCUCUUUGACUCGGAGAAUGGAACCUGGACGGUGCUUCAACCUGGAGGCAGACGGAUGAGAGACAUGUGGGAGAGUGACAGGGACAUGACUGAGUUCUUCACAAAGAUCUCGAUGGGAGACUGCAGGAGAUGGCUUGAAAAUUUCUCCAUCCACUGGUUGAAAACGCAGGAGACAACAGCCAGCCUCCUGCAGACCCCAGAUCCUGAGUCACUGAUUGGUCCCUCCCUGGAGCAGAGGUGA